CGGUCCGGAGUUUUGCAAAUAUCUGAGUAUCGUUGCAGUUAUAUUUCAUAUCCCACUGUGAUCUUUUCUCUUGCAGGAUGUCAGGUGUUUAUGAAGUGCGAACAUCUGCAGAAAACUGGUAGCUUCAAAGCACGAGGAGCACUAAAUGCCGUGCAAAAAGCGAAGGAAAAGCAAGCGAUUUUUAAUUCAUUUUGGGUCACUCAUUCGUCCGGCAACCAUGGUCAGGGUUUGGCUUGGGCUGCUUCAGAAGUCGGACUGCCGUGUUACGUGGCUGUUCCGAGGAAUGCUCCUCCGUCAAAAAUGGAAGCAAUGGUAGAGUAUGGAGCUAAGCUGGAAUUGUGUGAUCCAACGGUGAAGACAUCGUGUUUCAGGGAGGAUACAUGCGCACGAAUAGCUGGAGAUCUCAAUUUUUACGUAGUAGAGCCUUUCGACGACCCUAAUGGUACCCUUGCUGCAGAAAUAAUUGAGCAGUCACCGGAUGUAGACGCAAUAUUUUUGGCCGUAGGUGGAGGUGGGAUGGCAAGCGGGGUUGUUGCAUAUGUGACGGAAAUUCGGCCAGAUAUCAAAGUGUUCUUAGUUGAACCCCAAGGCAAAGAUCUGGCUACUUAUCUCCAAAAAGGUGAACUGAGGACUGAACGAGAUGUAGUAGACACUAUCGCAGACGGUAUUCGAGUUCUGAAGAUAGGCGAAAACUGUUACCCAAUUUUGAAGGCCCUAGCAAAUAACGUUAUCACUGUGGUAUCCUGGAAGGGUAUACUGAUAUACAAU